UUCAACAUGAAGCCGAAGCACGGCCUCAAGACGCUCCACGGCAAGGGCCACGUCGACGAGACGGACCCCAAGUCCGUCGCCGCCUUCCUCCACGCCCACGCCGCGGCGUUGGACAAGACCGUCGUCGGCGACUACCUCGGCAAGGAGGAGGCGUACCAGGACGGCUUCUGCGUCAAGGUGCUCCACGAGUACGUCGACGCGAUGGACUUCACGGGUUUGGAGUUCGACGUCGCCAUCCGCCACUUCCUCAGCGGCUUCCGCCUCCCGGGCGAGGCCCAGAAGAUCGACCGCAUGAUGGAGAAGUACGCGGAGCGCUACUGCGCGUUGAACAAGGCCGUCUUCCCGUCGGCCGACGUCGCGUUCGUCCUCGCGUUCUCGGUGAUCAUGCUCCAGACGGAUUUGCACAACCCGGCGGUCAAGGAGGAGAAGAAGAUGACCAAGGAGGGCUUCCGGCGCAACAACCGGGGCAUCUGCAACGGCGCGGAUUUGGACGGCGCGUUCCUCGACGAGAUCUUCGACCGCAUCAAGCUCGCGCCCAUCACUUUAGCCGAGGAC